AUGCAGCAGCUAGGCGUGCUGCGUGAAUGUACGGAUCUAAGGGAAGCGAAAGCAGCAGCAGAAGCAGCAGAAGAAGCAGCAGAUCAUCUAUCUAUUGCACUGAGAGAAUUUGUAGAUGAUAUUCGAGCUGCAUUUACAGGAGAAGAAGAACAAAAACUAGCAGAAGCAGUGCAGCAGCAGCUCAUCGCGAAACCUGUGCAGCAGCUGCUGCCGAUAGAUCAGCAGCCUGAACAUGUAACCGAGCAAAGUAAGGGGUUUUCUGCAGCAGCAGAAGAUACAGCUCAACAUGUAGAGGAAGUUGCUGUUCGUUGUGAGCUGCAGCUAGUUCGUUGUGAGCUGCAGCUAGUAAGCCUAGAAGGAUCUCGGUGGGUUUCUGCUGCGCUGCUGAAGCGCAACAAAGAGAAACUCAAGGAAUUGAUGGCUGCAACAGAAGCAGAAAGAGGGAAAGUUGAAAAUCUUUUAGAUGACAUGCAUUCGCAGGGGGUGCAGCAGCAAGGAUUUGAGGGGGUUCUAGAGGCAAUCGAUACAGCAGCAGCAGCAGCAGGAAAGCUAGCUGAAAGACGUACUGCUGCAUGGCAGCUACAGGUAGAGGUGGAGAUGUUGGUGAUGCUGCAGCAGCUAGCAACAGAAGCAGAAAAGGUAAGCGAAGCAGCACUAGAAAAGGUUGUGGGUACGAGUAUACUACAAGCAGCUGAUUUAAAAAACAUACAAACGCAAGAGGAUCGCCAGAGUGCUGCAGCAGAGGAUGCAAAAGCAGCAGAAACUCUGCGUGCUGCUGCUGCUGCUGUUGAUGCUUUUGUUUCUUCAUCUGUUUUUAUACAUCAAGGAGUAAGACAUGCUGUAUUAGAAGACUUGCUGCAGAAGGAUGCAAUUGCAGCAGCAGCACCAAGCCCUGAAAUAGGAGAUGCAGCAAUAGCAGCAGCAGAUGCAGAAACAGCAAAAACAGAAGAAGCAAAAAGAGAAGCACAGAGACGAGUAGAUUCACUUGUAGAGGUUGCAGCAGCUAUCAUGGAGGGGAUGAUGAAGCAGAAGGAGAAGAUGAAGCAGCAGAAACACAAGAAGAAGAUGAUGCUGCAGCAGCAGCAACACAAGAAGCAGAUGAUGCUGCAGCAGCAACAACACAAGAAGCAGAUGAUGCUGCAGCAACACAAGAAGUAG